AUGAGUCCCAAAAAGCAGAACAAGAGCAAGCAGAAGAGCAAGAAGACGAAUGAGUCUGCCAACAACAAAAACAAGAAGAAAAAGCCCAAGACAGCCAAGUAUGCAAUUGGCACUCGUUUUUGGAAGAGUUUUGGAGAACAUGGCAACUUUGAAGCGACUGUUGCAAGCUUUGAUGCUCAGACUGGCUUUUAUCGAUUGACGUACGACGAUGGCGAUCAAGAGGAAAUGACAGAACGGGAAAUUACGCAAUGGAUACAAAAGGACCUUCAAAAUACUACUCAAGAAAACAAUACUGAAGCUGAAGCUGAAGCUGAACCAGUGGAAAACCCAAUGGAGAUUGAGAUGGAUGAUCUUGAGCAAGACAAGGACAAGAAGAACAAAACUGACAAAACCAAGAAUGACAAGGGAAACAAACCAAAAAAGAGAAAGACCACUCCUACGCCACCACCAGCUCUACAUGUAGAUACCACACCAACAACUACAACUACAACUACAACUACAACUACAAAUACGACCAAAACUCCCAAGUACCAAAAUGGCACCAAGAUUCUCAAGGCGUUCCCUGGCUAUGAAGAACUCUUUCAAGGGACCAUUGUUCGGCAUGAACCAGACGACUCCGGUUUUUUCUAUCACAUUGUCUAUGAGGAUGGAGAUGAGGAGGAUCUCACGGAACGACAAGUCACCCGUCUCAUCAACAAACAACAUGAACAACAACUUCAGACGGAAACUACACCAGCCGCCACCACCACAACCGUUAUUACCACGUCUUCUACCAAAGGACGUUCGAUCCGUCGCAUAUCGUACGUGGACAACAAUGACAGCAAUGACGACGAUGACGAUGAGGAGGAAGAGGAAGCAGCACCACCCAAGAAACGCAGACGAUCCUCUACUGCUAGUCGUGCCAAAAAGAAAAAGGACGACGACGAGGACGAUGCCAGUGUGGUGUCCAACAAGGAUCUAUUUGAGGAUUUGUUUGCAGAGCAAGAUGCUAAAAAGCAACCUGCUGCCAACAAUAAAAAACAGGAACCCAAACCCAAAAAGAUGCACGAAAGUUACAAACCCAUGAAUCAUCCCGUAUACGACAAAUUAACCACGGCAGAAAUACAAGCCACCAAGCAAUAUUUGGAUCCCUGUGGGAUGGAUGCCACGGAUGAUAUUAUUGGACGAUUGAUUGGGGAUCAGAUCGAUAAAGUGGCCGGGUUGUGGUCCAGGGCACUGGCACACGACAAAACAACGCUGGGAUCCGCUGAAACACCGCUACGAUUGGGAACGGCGUGUAGUGGCACAGAUGCGCCAGCGCUCGCCAUGACCAUGGUACUCGAGCAAAUGGAAUUGCGACGACGUGACAAUGACAAUGACAACAACACACUUCCCGUAAUGCACUACUCGCACGAAUUCUCCUGCGAAAAUGAUCCCAUGAAACAAGCAUACUUGGCACGCAAUUUCGACAGCAAACUUUAUCCAGAUAUCGCCAGACUGUGCGACAAUCCAGCACCUCGUGACGUGUUUGGGCAAGAGCAACCAUUGCCCAAAGCCAACAUGUUUGUGGCCGGAACGUCCUGCAAGGACUUUAGUACGAUGCGGUCCAAAAAACGAAAGGACAUUGAAGAUCGAGGAUGUUCCGGAGAAACCUUUCUGGCGGCCUGUGAAGUCAUUCUCAAGGAACAACCGACGAUUUGCAUUCUGGAAAAUGUGGUGGGUGCGUGGUGGAAGAAAAUGUCCGAGUAUAUUGUCGGACGCAUCCAAUUGUCGGAUGCGGGCAAGGGAAAAGAUGGUGAAACCAAAGACGCCACGAAGGGUCCCAAAGAACUCAAAUUCUCGUUCGAUAACAAGCAGGGCAAUAAGCUCGUGGUGGAAGAAGUCCCAAAGAUGUGGGGUGUGCAUUGCGGUUCGACCGUAGCCGGCUUUCUCAAGGGUGACACAAUGGGAAAGAUUCACCCAGUCGAAUGGCCCACGAAAGUUAAAAAGACCGAAAAGUGCACCUUGACCGACCUACUGGGACCCAAUAAGAUUGACAAAAAGAAGGAUUGGUUGGUCUUUGAUCGGCCCGUCACGUACCAAACACAUUGGGUGAGGGUCGAUACCAAGAACUUUGGACUGCCCCAAACAAGACAACGAACCUACAUGUUUGUCUGGCAAACGAAUCCCCAGCCAAAAGAUGGAUUUUUCUACCCCGACAAUCUCGGCGCGUAUUGGGAAGCACUCGUGAAACAUUUGGAAUCGCCGGUAAAGCACCCUUUGGAAGCCUUCCUUUUGCCACUGGACCAUGAUAACAUGCGAGCGUAUCGAGAAGCACUGAGGGGGCCACUCGGUCGCGAGAGCACUCGCCGAAAAGCCAUGUACCCAAACUUUUGGACCACGGCAAGCAAGAAUCGUCCCCACAACAAGGCGGCCAGGACGACCUCGGGGAUUGGGGAUGAAGCUCGCCACAUCACGCAAUGGGGAGACAACGGCAAGAAGAAGCUACCGCCACAUUACUGGCUGGAAUACAUGAAUUGUAACAGCCCACGGUGUUUGGAUGUGGUGGACGUUCUGCACGCUCAAGCUCUACGCGACGCAGAAUCCCAUGAUGCCAACCAUGCCAGUUUCUUUUGGAACGUCAGUCAAAACGUGACAAAAGAGAGGCAUCGCACCGCAAAACCGGGUAUAGCAAGUUGUAUCACACCAGGAGGCGACUUUUUACUUCCACACCAGGGAAGGAAUCUUUUGGGAGUUGAGAAGCUCUUGAUCCAAGGGAUUCCGUAUUUCCGACUGGCAUUGGGUAACGAAACAGAAGUUAAUCUGGCUGACCUUGCGGGGAACGCCAUGAGUUCCACUGUCGUCUGUGCGACCAUGUUAGCUGCCCUCAUGGCCCCUCAACUUCGCAAGGAAAUGCAAGCAAGUAUCGCAGGAGAUGACACCACCAACAAAGCACCCAGCUUGGAAAAGAUCAAGGAAUUUCUCGAGAAACACGCCAGACUUGACUCGACGGGAGAACAGAGCCGCAAAUGGGCCGGUGAAAUCUCAAUGGUGAAAACUGAGUUGCAGAGCAACGAGGCUGAUCGACACACGGGAGACAAAUCUUGCAUGGAGUUAUUUGGAGAGCUCGCAGCACUGGCACCACUUGCCGUCAAAUCCUCAGUAUGGUGCACAUGUGAAUCGAGCGGUAACCGUUCGCGCACAAACAAAUUCGUCAAAUGCAAGGUAUGCUGUGUGUCUUGCUGUCGCAACUGUAUCUCUGAGCAUGCAGGAUACAAUUUGGACACCCAUGAUACGGUCGAGAUCGAAAUUGGGAAUGAAAGCGGUGCGGAUUUUCCUGUGGACGAACGAAACCUUUUUGAAUUUGAAAAGAAGCUGCGAAGCAUGUUGCCGUCAUCCGUCUACUUGAGCAAAGAAGGGAUUGGCAAGGUUGCUGAGGUAGAAAAUGAUCGAUACAGGAUUCGCGGCCUAGACAAAUUCAGCUUUGUCUUGUACAGCAUCAAGCGAGAAUGUGGCAAAUGGUUGAUCGUCUACUAUGCUCGUGACAAAUGCGGUGUUGGAGAGGCCGUCGCAGAGAUGCGUAUCACGGUGGGGAAAGUCAGGCGAGGGCAGGCUGGAGAGUCCAAUCUCCUGGGCCUUCGAUGUGAGCUCACGUCUUUCAUCCCUGCGCGAUCCGAGCCUUUGCAGUACGGGAAUCUUGCUCCAUGUUGUCAACUUGUCUUGCUCCUCCCAAAAGAUGGGAGUGCUCCGAAUGUCAAUGAUGCGACAUGGCAAGUGAGGCUUCCAGAAGUCUCGUCUUCAAUACAGCUAUCAGGGACUGGGGAUACUGAUUCCUAUCGCGUGGAAGUCGGCAUUACCGACGAAGCGCCCGAAGCAUUGGAACAGCAUACGAAGAGCAAGAAGGGGCGAUAUGAGUUAGUUGUGAAAACCAAGGAAGAGCGACGUUGGCUUUAUCCCAAGGUCUGGAAAAAGUGGCCGUCAUCCAUAAGGAUUCGCUGUCCGCAUGAUGGUAUCGAUCGUCGUGUCUCUGGAACGUACCUGCGUGCCGCAUGUCGCCAAACAACGAACCAGUCGGCUCUGUGGAUAAAGCAAGUUGAGGGGAAGCCUUCAAUCUAUUUGCUGAUGAAGCCAAAUGUCAGCCGAACUGGAGGGGACUACGCAAUCAUUACAACCUCGAUGGAUUUCACCGACACUUCGUGCAUUCUGGCGGAACUGGAUCAGUAUUGGCAACCCGGUGAUGCAUUUGACGCAACCAAUCAGCGUCAGGCUGUGCGGUGCCAGUCUUGGGGGGCGCUGCCUGGUUUUGAAUGCAAGAUCCCGAAGUCAACAAUACAAGUGGAGGCCCCCGGUACAGAGAACAAUCUUGUUGUUGUCCAAGGUCUCAAGAGAACUGAGGCGACAAUGCUAGAACGCAUUGAUUGCAUGAACAGAACCAGCAGUGGAGAUGGUGCUCUCGUUGAGCUCAAUGUUACUUCUGGACAGCGGGCCCAACAAGUUGUUCGAAGGAUUAACGCUAUCAUCGCGCCCCAAAUACUCAAGUUCGCUGCCAUGGGCGGUUUGCGCUACGACUUGAGCCCUACGGCUGACUGGGAGGUCCUUGAAAGCAACGAUGAUGAACCAUUUGGGACUUGCGUUCCCGUCCGUCCCAAGGAGAGUUGGUUCUACGACGAGGAACGAGAACGUUGGGAUCGACGCUUCGACCAUGAUGCCAGCCGAACUUACUACAUGAAUCUGCAAGGAGCCCAAAAGCCUUUCGAGUUUUGGCUUGACAGGGAGAGGUGCUCGCUAGAGAUCAAGAUGUUUCCAAAAGUUGUUGCCCAUGCUGCUGCUGCACAGCUAUUGCGGGGCCGCGGAAUUCUUUCCGAUGACAACAAGCAUGGCGGAGCACAGGUUUCGUUUCGAUUGUCGGAUGUGUCUCAGCAAAUCGAUCCGACGAUCGAUCGGUUUCGAGUGGAAAACUGCAGUGCUUUGGAUGCAACUCCUGUGGAACUGCAACAUCCAUACAAACUCUACGACAGGCAACGAAAAGUUCUCACCAAGAUGCUCGCCAUCGAGGAGGGAAAGACUUCCUUUUUAGAAAUGGAAAUGUCAGAGUCCAACAUGCCGGGUACAGUUGGAUUUAGUCUCAUGGCACAAGCCAAACGCUCGAGAAACAUCUGUGGCGGUGUCAUUGCCGAUGCGAUUGGCGCGGGCAAGACCGUAAUCUCGAUUGCCAUAAUCGUACAGGGCAUCGAGAGGGCUAGAGCGUCGCGGGCGACCCCAAGAAAGAGCGGGGCAACGCUGGUAGUGGUACCUCCAGCGCUGAUCGACCAGUGGGAGUCAGAAGUGCAGAAAUUCGCGCCUUCUCUUGUCGUCAUCACCGUCCACGACUUCAAGGAACUGGACUCUAUCAAGCUAUCAUCUUUGAUUGAAGCGGACGUUGUGGUGUGCCCUGUCGACAUAUUGGAGUCCAAAAAGUAUCUCGCCAACCUUGUACAAAAGGCUGGCCUCGACAAAACCACCAGCGCCGAGCAUCUUCCGAAGCUGCCAGCUUACAGCGGUGAGCGAGAGCAAAUUGAGGCACGGGGUGUCUGGAUUCCUCACGAAUCGGCAGAUCCAUACAACGUUGGUUCCAAGACAAAUGAUCAGCAAAGACGCAACAAAAGUGCCUACUACACCUACGUGUACCAAUCUGCCAUCCAGUCCCUUCGCGAAAAGAAUUUUUCGCCAUCGGACACUGGCAUCCCCUUGGAGUAUUUCGAGUUUGAACGUCUGUUUGUCGAUGAAAUCCACGAAUCACUUUGCACAACCAAGGAAGAACUAGCGACGGCCGCAGAGACCGCGAAAAGCUCCAACGUGGGCUUUUGGAAAGAAAAGAACCGUCGUGCGGGCCGGGAGCUUUUGGGAAUUACCCAAAAGGACGUUACCAAACGUCCUUUGGUUUGCCGACGGGCCGUGUUUGGCUUGACGGGAACUCCCCUCUUGGACAGCAACAGUCGUGUGAUUGAGUUGGCCAAUCUCAUGGGAGGCACCUACGUGCUUGGUCUGUCGAAAAUAUGGCGGAAGUUGGAGCGAGAAUCAUGCCGCGACAUCUUCUUGCACAACUUCUUGGAACCCAAGCCAAGCCGGGCGGUCCGUCGACAGGGAUACGCACGAUGCCAGGACUAUCUCAAGGUGGCCUGCUGUCGGAACCGAUCGGGAGAAGAAAUGAAGGGCAUUGAGCUCCAAGAGCAUGUCGAGGUGAUCCAAAUGUCCGAGGCCGAAAAGACAGCCUACUUGAAGAGUCAAAUCGGAAUUCCAGCGGACCAACGAUGUUUGGGGAUCAAGCCAACGGACUUUGAUGAGAACGAAGGGCAAGACAUGAGUGGCUUGUUGCGGCAGAAUGCUUCCUGUCCCAGUCGAGGUGCUAAGUUGGUGGAGAUUUGUCAAAAGAUCCUGUCGGAGGCACCAACCACGAAGAUUAUUGUGUUUACGGACGGGAGCAUUGGAGCGGGCAUUGCCGCACGAGAAGCCUUGUGCGGCCCCGAUGGCCCCGAUUGUACGUGGCUGGACACGGAGGAUUCUGUCAAGUUGAAGAACGAAAAGAUUGGUUGGUAUCAACGCGGCGACGCCACGGACGAGGACCGCCAGCGCCCUCGCGUGCUCGUUUUGCACUACGAACAUGCGGCUGGUUUGAAUUUACAAUCGGAAAGUCACAAUGUGAUUCUGUUUUCUCCUUUGUAUGUGGGUAAGGGCGGGUGCAGUGACGACCCCGUUUCGGAUGUGAGCACGGAGCUGCAGGCCAUUGGUCGGGUGUAUCGCAUUGGACAACCCAGCCGCGUGGUACACGUGUACCGGAUCGAAGUCCAAGGGCCGAAAGGCGAAGAGUGUUUGGAUGGUAAACUGAUUGACCGCAACAGCGAUCCAGAAGUCAUUGCCAUGGCCACCAAUGCGGAAUAG